UCUGAACUCCUCACCGCAUUUGGGCCGGCCUACAGCCUUCAUUCACCCAAAUGGGGGACCUUCUGCCUCGUCAUAUGGAUCACCAGGCCCAGCAUGAGCAUCACCACUCUCACCCUUUAAGCCUAUUCCUAUUGAACACUCUUUAGUUUCACUUGGAUUCACGGGUUUUUAUUUUCUUGAAGGAUUUCCUGACGUGACCCCCGUGACUGCCCCUUGAUUUCCAGUGACUUAGAUGCCGUCGAUGGUGUUGAUGGUGGUGGGGGAACAGCUGUAGGAGGGGCUUUGCCAGAUAAGGGUGGCAUUAGGUAAAUCCAUUAGUGUCCUGUGGAUUACUGUAAUCCAGCCUCUCUAUCACUGCUGGCUCGGGUUGCUCACCCUUCAGUCGGACCCGUCUGGUUUGGAGCAAGUUGGAAGAUGGCUCUCAACGUGCGGCAUUUCCUGCUGGCGCUGCUUCUCCUGGGAGCUGACGUGUUCACCGGUAUUUACGCUCAAGAGAAUGCUGUGACUGAAGCAUGGACCAGCACGUCUUGCAAGUGUGACUGUGAUAAAGGAGAGUUUCCAGAAGGUCCUAUGGUGAGAGGAGUCGAUUGCAUGCCAGAGUGUCCAUACCACAAACCUUUUGGCUUUGAGGCUGGAUCUGUGAACCCGGACCAGAUCACCUGCUCCAAUCAGGACCAGUACACCGGCUGGUUCGGCUCAUGGGUUCCUAGCAAAGCCAGGCUCAAUACUCAAGGAUUUGGGUGUGCCUGGCUGUCCAAGUUCCAGGAUAGCAGUCAAUGGCUGCAGGUCGACCUCAGAAAUUCCAUGGUGGUGUCCGGGAUCCUCACACAGGGUCGCUGUGACGCGGAGGAGUGGGUCACAAAGUACAGCGUUCAGUACCGCUCAGACGAAAAACUCAACUGGAUCUAUUACAAAGACCAAACUGGCAACAACAGGGUGUUUUACGGAAACUCUGACCGCUCCUCGUCCGUCCAGAACCUCCUGCGUCCGCCGAUCGUGGCUCGCUAUAUCCGCAUCCUCCCUCUGGGGUGGCACACACGCAUUGCUCUGCGCAUGGAGCUGCUGAUUUGCAUGAACAAAUGCAUGUGAACCUCUCAUCCCGCCGACCCCAAGGCCUCGUCCCAAAAGUGUGUGGUGUGUGAUUAUGUGUUCGCAGAUAAGGCAGCCUAAUAGCAAGUGAACCCCUAAAAUAUUCAGUAUGAGACCUGUUAUCGACUCACAUGAUUCCAUUAAAACAGACUUGUUUGAUAUGUACAGCAUGCUUUUAUUCACUCCACUCGGCAGUGUCCGCAGCUUUAAUUUGAAGAGUUCUCAAUAGGAUGCUACACUUGCAGUGAAAUGGAAUAAAUUCAAAGCCAUAAUUAGCAGUUGAGAAGCAGACCUAGCGUUGCUAUGGAGGAUGCAGACGCAGGUCUGAAACAAGGAGAAAGUAACAAGUCUGAAACAACACUUGUUGUUCAGCAACACAAAAUUGACCUAAAAUGAUUUUUUCUGCUGAAGUAUGCCUGGAAAGAUCUGCAUCCCAGCAAUUCUUCCCAUGUUUAUUUUACCCUCAUUAGUUUCAGUGUUACUCAGUACGUGAGUAUUGUGAACAAAUCCCAUAAAAAGUCCAAAUGUAGCAGUUAAUUGAACUUCACUGGCUCUGUUUUUGUGUCCGAAGCCUCAGAUCGAUUAAUAGUUAUCUCUGAUUUUAAUCAGUUUCAGUUCAGUUUACUGAUUCAUAACAAACUUUGUCAUCUUGGCACUUCUAAAAUACAAUUCGGUUAUAAUUAAUUCAAAAUUAUUUCAAUUUGGCAAUUGUUCAGUUGACUAAAAUAGAUAAUUGAAUAGUCUGUGUUCUCUCAUUCCAUGAAACUAUAUAACACAUUCUUAAAAAUGUAAAUUACAAUGCGGAUUAUGUCUUUGGUAAGGACUCGUAGCAAAAAGCAUUUGCUGGUAUUAACAUGCUUGAUUUUGGUUUUGUUUUUGUUUGCUUGUUCUAACCUGAGGCCAUUUUUGAAAAAGCUUCAGGCGUAUCCACUGUUGUGUUUUGGUAUUGUGGUAACCCUCGGAUUGUUUCUCAUCUCUGUUUUGGUUGACCUUCCUAUGGUGCUUUGAGAAUUCUUUGCAGAGUUUGACAUACUCUGAAAAUCUUUAAGCCAUUUUCAUGAAUAAAUGAAUACAUUC